UUACGCGCCCUCAUUUCCAUUCCCCUCUCUCCGCCGACGCCUCCUCCCCCCUCCUUCCCACCCCCACGCCGCGCUAGGGCUUACCAAACCCCCCAGGGGCGGGCGGUGGUGAUUCUUGCUGCCUGCGAGGAGGAUGCAGGCCACCGGGAGCGUGACUUGGGUCGUCGGCGCCCAGGCGUCCGUCUUGGGGAGAUGCAGCGGCGGGGUGCCCUACCCUUCGCCGUCGUCUUCUGCUUCCUCUGUCAGGUCCCAGGGGCUCGGCACGGUGCGGUGCUCCGUGCAGGCGCAGGAGAAGAAGCCACGGGUUAGGAAGACUAAGGAGGAGCGGAGGGAGAUGGUUGAGUCCUUCGUUGACACGUAUCGGGUUUCAAACAGCGGGAAGUUUCCUUCAGUCAAUCUUACACACAAGGAGGUUGGAGGAUCAUAUUAUAUAGUCCGUGAGAUUAUGAGAGAUAUCAUCCAAGAGAACAGAGUUCUUGGCCCUGGUGACUUGAAUGCUAAGACAUUGAGUUUUGAGGAUUGCCCUGAUUCUUCAGAAUUAUCAAAUAGGCAUGAAUUGGGCCAAGACAACAUAGAGAUAUUAGAUAUGUCUGAUGGGUAUCAUGGCAACAAAGAUUCUGUGUUGGAAAUGUCUGACAAGGGUGAAGCAUUUUCAUUGCAAACGAAUUUCAUCAGCACUGAACAGUUCCUGACUUCAUCUGAUAUCUUGGAAUCUGGUAUUCUGAACAGUGUACUCCACAAUGGGAAUGUAGAAGAUGCAACAUGCUUGGAGCCAAACCUUGAGAAACAAGAUGAAGCCUUGCGUGGGAAACCAAGGGAGUCUCAGACUAAGAGUUCUGAAAUGCAAGCCCCAUCUCUUGCUCAUGUUUCUGAUUUGCAUAAAGAAACUGAGCUCAACAAUGCAGGGGAUGCACAUGACGAAACAACCAGUAGCAUCACUGAUGAGGUUACUCUUUCCUCAGAACCUAGUGUAGUUUCUCAAACAAACGGUGCACUUCUACAUGAGCAUGUGACACUACCUGACGAUUGUGGUGGCAUAACUAAUACUGCUGUCGAUGAAGCUAUUGGUUGCUCAGAAAAUAAUGGUGUUCUUCAGACAGAUCGGAUCCUUAUACAGGAGCAUGAGAUAUUACCUGAAACAGCAAGUAUCAAGACAGAAGUUGUUAAGAUUGCAGAUAGCCAAUUUAGAUCUGCAACAUCUGCAACUCAAAUGGAUGCUUAUACCUUGAAUACAAGUGCAGCAACAAUGGAAUCCGCUGCGUCCAUUGAUCAUCAUGAUGUGCUUGAGCCACCACUGAUCAAUGCCAGCCCUAACCAACAACGAAUGUCAGAAGAUCUUGCCUCUCAUCCAGCAAUGGAUACAAAGGGUUUUUUGCAAAAGGAAGACAACCACAACAUGGUAGAGAAAGAUGGAAGUGAAUUCAAGAUAUCAGUAUCUGGCAUCACAGAAGAAGAGCGCGAGGCAAGCAAGGCCAAUCAUGAACAUGUGAUAAGUGCGACAACAGCGAUCAGCAGGAGAACUGGGAAGGGACAGCAGAAGAAAGAGGACAACCUAUUUUGGCUUAUCGUAAGGGCAUUUGUUGUUUCUAUGUCCAAGUUGUGGGCAAAAUGAUUGAUGGGCGAAAUGCAUCUUCAUCUGAUACCGCUGCGCUGCAUGGGAUGUCUUCCUGCCUACUAAGAAACGAGAAGCACUUUGUGAAGCUCCAUUCUCCCCAAUGCAUAUAGAUGUUCUUCUUGCGCAGCACUUAGGGUGUUUUGUUAUGCUUGGUUUAGUUUAUAGCCUAAUUUUGUAGUUCAGAUGUAUUGGUCAACUUGCUCUGCUGUGUCAAGUUGACACUGCCAACUCUAGCGUACUGAGGAAUUUCUCAUUUUGUAAGAGUACGAUUUGUCCUGAGAUCUGAAAGAAGCAGUUCGUACAUUCACCGAUUUAA